UUGGCGGCUACAUCUUCGUCCGUGGCUGGCAGCUCUUUUGUUUUCCCGCCCGGCUCUGCAAGGACUGCUUUGCACGCUCAGUCAGCGCUACUGAUUUAUUAUAUCUUGCCGGCGUCGCUGAGUGGGCUCCUCCGUGCGUGUUUGGAAAACAAAACACCGUUCAGGUGUUCCCGGGGCGGCGCUGAGUCCAGAAGUCGUGUAUCUGCUUGAACUUUCAGGAGAAUAAGGCCACAAAUAAAACACACAGAGGAGACUCUCCAUGACAUUUUUGCAGUUAGUAAUAACGGGCUUCUGUACAGAAGUACAUUGUGAAGAAUUAUUUCUACUAUUACCUAUUCAGAUUCUCGGCCGCUUUGGGUCAAGAAGUGUUCUACAUCACCUUUCUUCCGUUCACUCACUGGAAUAUUGAUCCUUAUUUAUCCAGAAGACUGGUCAUCAUAUGGGUUUUGGUGAUGUAUAUUGGCCAGAUGGCCAAGGACAUCCUGAAGUGGCCCCGCCCCUUCUCCCCUCCCGUCGUGAAACUGGAGAAGAGAGUGAUUGCUGAGUAUGGAAUGCCAUCUACCCACGCCAUGGCGGCCACCACCAUUUCCUUCACCCUCCUCAUCUCUACGAUGGACAGAUACCAGUAUCCCUUUGUUCUGGGGUUGCUGAUGGCUGUGGUGUUUUCCACCUUGGUGUGUCUCAGCAGAGUCUACACUGGGAUGCACACGGUCCUGGAUGUGCUGGGUGGCAUCCUGGUCACCGUGGUCCUCAUUGUCCUCACCUACCCCGCCUGGACCCUUAUCGAUCGCCUGGACUCGGCCAGCCCCCUCUUCCCCGUCUGUGUCAUCGUGGUGCCGUUCUUCCUGUGUUACAACUACCCCGUGUCCGACUGCUACAGCCCAACCCGAGCGGACACCACAACCAUCCUGGCCGCGGGGGCGGGCGUGACUUUAGGGUUCUGGAUCAACCACUUCUUCCAGCUCGUGUCCGCGCCCGCCGAGUCCCUCCCUGUCAUUCAGAACAUCCCUCCGCUCACCACCGACAUGGUAGUUUUGGGUCUGACCAAAUUCGUCGUGGGAAUCGUGCUGAUCCUUCUGGUCCGCCAGCUCGUACAGAAUCUCUCGCUGCAAGUGCUAUACUCGUGGUUCAAGGUGGUCACCAGGAACAAGGAGGCCAGGCGGAGACUAGAGAUCGAAGUGCCUUACAAGUUCGUCACCUACACAUCUGUGGGCAUCUGUGCCACAACCUUUGUGCCAAUGCUGCACAGGUUUUUGGGAUUGCUCUGAACCUCAAAUGGUUGGGAAGUAGCCCACUGGGCAGGCGAGCCAAAACAGGAGAGUAGUUGGGUGGGCAAGUUUCGAGCAUACGUUUUUCUUAAAAAAAAAAAAAAAAAAAUCCCGA